AUGGAAGCCAGCACAGGUGCUCAGAAUGUAGCCUUGCACCCUCAACCACCGUUACAGCGAAGCAUCCUUGAUGCGUUAGGGAAAAGCAAACCAACUAGUACAGAAGAAGGUGAUUUUUCACCUUUUCGGUCCCCUUUGAGAUCCCAGGCUCUAAAUGAGAUUAUUGGAAGUUUACGAUCAGUAACUACAGAAGAAAUACCUGGAGCAUCUGGUGGGAGAAAUUGCUCAGGACUUCAAAGUAGAUCUGCGCUACAAGAGCACAGCAUUGGUGCUUUGCAGGAGGCUAGUGAGGCCUGUCUGGUUGGCCUCUUCGAAGACAACAAUCUGUGUGCUAUCUGUGCCAAACAUAUAACAGUUAUGCCAAAAGACAUCCAGCUACAGCAUCACACGCGUGUGAAGAAUCCACUAUGA